CGCAUGCGCCUUGUGGGGUUCAGAAAGGAAACGUGAAGGUUAACGUCGGUUCGGUCCAUUUCCUGAACCAGAUGGAUCUGUGAGCCGCAGACCUGCUUCACCUGACCCAGAUCGAGCUGCAGGAUCCGCCAUGGCCGCUCCGUCCAGCUACGCCGUGCGCAUGGCCCGGCUGAGCUCCAGGAUCUUUGGAGAAUUCUUGCGUUCAACGGAUUCCAAAUCCAUGAAGGUGGUCCAGCUGUUUGGGCAGCCCCCCCUGGCCCAAAGGAAGGAGGUGUACGACUGGUACCCACAGCACAAGACUUACUCCAUCCUGACCAAGAAGCUGCGCUGCAUGGGUCUGUUCAGAGACGAGCACCAGGACUUCAAGGAAGAAAUGAUGCGUAUGAAGAAACUGAGAGGAAAAGGCCCCCCCAAGAAGGGAGAAGGAAAGAGGGCGAGCAAGAACAAGUGAAGAGGGAUGUUCCUCUGAGCUUCUGUCUGAGGUGCAGCUUCGUCAACCUGAGCUCCUGCUGAAGCAACAUGAACGAAUGAACGAACGAACGAACGAAUGAAUGAAUAAAUGAAUGAAUGAACGAACGAAUGAAUGAAUAAAUAAAUGAAUGAAUGAAUGAAAGCAGUGAUGAUCCAGACUCUCCUGCUGUCGACUGUUACUGAAGCUUUUACAUCAAACAGAUGUUCCUCUGCAGAAAAGUUUCAUACGGAUCAAAAUAAAAACAUUUCAAAUAAACCAGCAGC